CCCGGUGCCGCUAUGUAAGAGCAUUAUCCCACACAAAUACUAUAGGAGAGAAACCAGUUUGACACAGAGAGGGUUGUCCCCAGCUACGUAUCUUCGUUGGACAUAGCUAUAAUAUUAGCUAGAAACAUACAGGAGCACUGAAAGGGGAUGCCGUAGGGCCCGCGGCGGCAGGGCCAGCUGAGCAGAGAUGAGCCUGACGUCCUGGUUCCUGGUGAGCAGCGGGGGCACCCGGCACCGCCUGCCUCGCGAGAUGAUCUUCGUGGGCAGAGAUGACUGCGAGCUGAUGCUGCAGUCCAGGAGUGUGGACAAACAGCACGCCGUCAUCAACUACGAGGCGGCCAGCGACCAGCACAAAGUGAAGGACCUGGGGAGCCUGAAUGGGACAUUUGUGAACGACACCAGAAUCCAGGAGCAGAUGUACUUCACUCUGAAGAUGGAUGACAAGCUGAGGUUUGGAUAUGAUACCAACCUGUUCACUGUGGUGCGAGGAGAACUGCAGGUCCCAGAGGAGGCACUGAAGCACGAGAAGUUCAGCAGCCAGCUCCAGCUGAGCAAGAAGCCGUCCAAUGGGGAGUCUCCCAAGACAGCCAAGUCACCCGUGGCCACGCCCCCCGAGAGCAAGGCCGUGGAGGGGGCCAGCGAGGGGCCGUCUAAACCUGCUGACCCCCACAAAGGGGAGGAGAAGAUGGCAGGGGACAUAGCAGCCUUGCAUCGUGGGACGCCUCUGUACGGGCAGCCAUCUUGGUGGGGGGAUGACGACGCCGAUGACGAGAACUCCUUCAAACAGGAAACGAAGUCAUCCAGCAAGAAGCUGGAGAACGGCGGGGCAGGCAGCGGGGAGGCCCAGCGGUGUGAGAGCGCUAAGGAUGAUGGGAUGUGUAGUCUGAGCUCGGAGCCCAGCUACUUCGAAAUCCCCAGCAAAGAGGCGCAGAAGGCGGAGAGCAGCAUCCACGAGGUGCCCACCAAGGACACGGAGGGCGUGGCUGUCACCUCGGCGACCGCCGUAGCCCCGCCCGCCGGCGCCCCGGGACACGCCUCCUUCACCAUCGAGUUCGACAGCACCUCCCCCGGGAAGGUCACCAUAAAGGACCACGUGUCCAAGUUGACCCCCGACCCCCGACCCCGGCCCAGGAAGUCGUCGCUGCAGGGCGGGCCGGCGCUGAGCUCCCUGCAGGCCGCCAUCAUGGCCUCGGAGAGCAAGGUGGCCGACUGGCUGGCCCAGACACACCCGCCGCUGGCCCACCGAGAGCCCGGCAGGCAGGACGGGCAGAGCGUGCAGAGCGACAUGGUGGCACAGCUCAGACGGCUCAAAGGCAGUAAGCACGAGGACGGCACGCAGAGCGACUCUGAGAACGUGGCGGGGCCGCGUUUGGGCAGCAGGAGGCCGGCUGUGGAGGAUCGGCUGCAGACGGGCCCCGGGCGGGCGGGGCAGGGCGUGGCCAGGGGCCGGGAGGGGACGGGGCCCGUCAGCAGAAAGGCCUUCAUGAUCGAGUUCUUCGACGAGGCCAACCCCCGGAAGCGGAGGUCCUACUCCUUCUCUCAGACGGCUCCUCUGCUGGGGGAGGGGCCCAGCCCCACGCCCCCCUCCCGCCGCGGCCCCGGCGACUGCUCCCAGGGCGGGGUCUCUGCGGGCGUGGCCUCCGCCAUGGCCGCCGUGGCCCCCACCGCCGCCCGCCUGCUGCUCAAACAGCGGUCUGAGGACCCCUCCGCGCCGGGACGGGGCCCCACUCCCGCGGCGCAGCAGACCGGCCCCGCCGACCAGCCCAAAACUGCCCCCCGCCCCACGGAGAAGGACCACGAGGACGACCAGAGUGACAAGGGCACCUACACCAUCGAGCUGGACAAGCCCAGCGCAGAGGAGGACAAGGCACGCCGCAUGAUCGAUAAGGUGUUUGGGGUGGAGGGGAAUCACGACCCCACCAAAACGGGACGUCCUGAACACCUGCAGGAAGACGCUAAGGCCCGGCAGACCUCAGGCACGGGAGAGACUAAACCGCCUGGCUGCAGUGGAUCAGAGAUUCUUCCGGAAGACAUGGUUGCCGUAGGCAACUCAAGCUGGGUGUCCCAAUGGGCCAGUUUAGCUGCCAAUCACACAAGGACCGACCCCGAAGGUUCAGGGGGUGAAACGUUGGCCUUUGUUCAGGAGAAAGAAGCUGACGCCAGCGAAUCAGGGCAGUCUGCCGUGGGCAGCGGCCAUACAGAGCGCAGGAGGCGUGCCCUGCCCCAGCUCCCCGGGGAGGGCAGGAGCUCCAGCAGCAUCGGGGAGAAGCAGGACACCGAGCCCCAGGAGAAGGAGGGGCAGGGCUCCCUCAGGGACCGGCCUCCCCGGGCGGGGCCCCGGGGGGCCGCGGGCGCCACGGCGACCCAGGCGAAGCCGGCCCCCGGCCGGCCCCCGGGGGGCGGGGAGACGCGGGCGGAGGACCUCCAGGCCGAGGACAAGAAGCCUCUGGUGCGGCAGGGCAGCUUCACGGUGGAGAAGCCCAGCGCCCACGUGUCCCAGGCCCUGAUCCCGCGCAUCGCCCAGGGGCCCCCCUCCCGCCAGCGCAGCGACUCCGGGGGCAGCAUGGACACGGUGGCCCUGCUCCGGGACACGGAGGCCGUGAUGGCCUUCCUGGAGGCCCGGCUGAGGGACGGGGGCGAGACGGACCCCCCCGCCGCCCCCGCGCCCCGCCUGCCCGGCCCCGCCCCGGACCCCGCCGGCCCGGCCGAGCGCAAGAGCGCCCCCAAGAGGCGCACGCUCAGCAGCCUGCACAAGGAGAAGAGCUCCGCAGCGGCCAGCGCCGGCGCCCGGGAGCCCCUGGAGAGGAGGCCCAAACCCCGGCCCUCCGCCCCGCCCGGGCCCCGGCACCGCCAGCCCUCCCUGGACCUGACGGACGACGACAUCACCUCCUCCCUCCCGCACUCCGCCUUCUCCUCCGACCAGGAGGCCGGCUCCGCCCGCUCCGGCCGCGGCCCCCUCACCUCCACCGACGACCUGCUGCAGUCCAAGAUGGCGGCGGGGGCGAGGGCGGGCUCCGGGCCCCGGCCCCGGCCCACGCGCACCUCCAUGCUGCGGCGGGCGCGUCUGGGCGACGCCUCGGACACGGAGCUGGGGGACGCGGACCGGGCGUCCGUGGCCUCGGAGGUCUCCACCACCAGCUCCACCUCCAAGCAGCCGUCGGGCCGCAAGGCGCUGUCCCGCAUCGACCUGCUGGCACAGCCCCGCAGGACCCGGGCCCCGCUGUCCACCCGCAGCGACUCCGAGGCCACCGCCCCCCGAGGCUCCGCCCGCGUCUCCGCGGAGACCGCCCUGCGCCUGGGGCUCCGCUCCGGGGCCGCCGCCGACGCCAAGCCGCCCGCCCGCCUGCGCGCCAACAGCGUCACCAAGCUGCCCGACGCCAAGGCCAAGCCCCCCGCCUCCCUGCACAGCGCCUCCCCUGCCCCCAGCCGAUGGCGUCGGCUGCCCCCGGAGUAUGCGUCCACGUCGGAGGAUGAGUUCGGCUCGAACCGCAGCUCCCAGAAGCCCGGGCGCCUGCGCCCAGGCAGCGCCCUGCGGGGGGCCCGUCUGGGGGGCCCCGCCCCUGCCCCGCCCGGCGGCCCCGGGGUCGUGACCCUGCGACAUCACCGCAUGCGGGAGCAGGAGGAGUACAUCCGCGACUGGACCUCCCACAGCGAGGAGAUCGCCAGGAUCAGUCAGGACCUGGCGAAGGAUCUGGCGAUCCUGGCGCGGGAGAUCCACGACGUGGCGGGCGAGAUCGACUCGGUCAGCUCCUCGGGCACCGUGCCCAGCACCACCGUGAGCACGGCCGCCACCACGCCCGGGUCCGCCAUCGACACCCGCGAAGAGCUGGUGGACCGUGUGUUUGACGAGAGCCUGAACUUCAGGAAGAUCCCGCCCAUCAUCCAGACCAAAGCCCCCGAGAUCAACGGGCGGCCCCCGGAGCUGCGCCCCCGCGCCCCGGACGCCCGCGAGGCCCAGACCGCCCUGCGCCGCCGAACCUGGAACCGCGAGGAGGCUGUUUUGGACAGUUUGCUGCUGACGUCAGUUUCACAGCUCUCUGUAAAGAUCCGCCAAUCUGUGGACAAAACUGCAGGCAAAAUAAGGGUCUUGUUUAAGGACAAAGAGCGAAACUGGGAUGACAUUGAGAGCAAGCUGCAGUCUGAGAGUGACAUGCCUCUGCUCAAAACGUCCAACAAGGAGUUCUCCUCCAUUCUCCUGGAGCUGAAGAGGGUGGAGAAGCAGCUACAGGUAAUCGACAUCAUGGUGGAUCCGGAUGGCACCCUGGACGCUCUGACCAGCCCUGCCCUGCCCAAACACAGGCCCAGCACCGCCCCCCCGGGGCCCGUCCCCGGGAACGACACCGGGCCAGGGGCCCUCACCUCCACCCCCGCGGGGGAGACCGACCUGGGCCCCGGGGUCAGGCCUGGCCGACUGCUCACGGCUGGAGAGGAGAGCGCUGUCGCCCGCAACUGAGAAUCAAUCCACCAUCUCAGCACGUCUGGCAACCCUGAAACCCUACAUAUCUGGCAACCCUGAAACAUAUCUUUUCUCAGGCCUGGUUACCCUCAAAAACGAUCGCAUCUGGCAACCCUGAAGCAACAUAGUCCCUGGCCCUGGCAGCCCUGAAGCCUGUGCGAAUAUGCAUGUACAGCGUAUGUUUAUGUCCCCCUGUGAUUGGCCCUCUGAGACACAUGACCGCUCCUCCAUUUAAACCCUCAGCCCUGUCAUCCCUACCAGACUGGGGUUGCCAUGUUCAGCUGAGCUGCCCCAUAGCUCUCCAUGGUAACAUGGUCUGUGGACAGGCUGGAGUGAAGUUAAUGUUAUGGGGUGGAACUCUGCUCUGAUGCACUGUGCUCUCAGAGACCCUCACCCUGCAGACUUAGUGUGGAGCUCCUCAGGCAGCCACCAGGGGGCACUGCAGUAAAGGCCAUCCGUCCUUCCUGGUGGGUUCUGCUCUUUUUCCCGACGCUGGCUGGAAUGAGUCGCUCUGCUUCAUGGGUUCCAAACCACAGUGCGUCCUUUGGGUGUUGCUCGCCGCUUCUCACGAAUACCAAAUAUUUUACAGAGAUGUGUUCAGUCCAGUGACACUCCCCACUGCCCAUAUGCCAGCCCAAGCUCCAAAGGGAUUUUGCGGAUAUUCCCAGGAAGGUCCCAACUCUCACACCACGGGGAUCCAAAGCAGUCACUCCGAAAAAACAUUUGCAGAAUUCUUCUCUUUGAGCACUGUUUUUGAACACUGUUCUUACACUAACUCCUCCUUAGCUCUAGUUGCCAACCAUGUCACAGGCCGUGGACUUUCCCUGUGUAAUGUAAAUAUUUAUUCGUUUUUACCCCCCUUUCUCCCCACUUUGGAAUGCCCAGUCGCAUUUUUUUUUUACCGUGUCGUUGCCACAACCUCCGCCAUCCAAUCAGGGAGAGCGCAGACAAGCCGGUGCUCUCCUCGCCAGCGUGAAGUCACGCCUCCGUUUGCGGGUCACGCUCACACGGACGUGGGUCUGAGGAUGACCGGCGAGCCUGCAGGCGCGUGCCUCACCAGAAGGGGGCGCUGGCGCGCGACGAGAUGCGGUCGUCCCAGCUGACAGGCUCUCAGCACCGCGUGUUAAAGUCAGUGAUGCGAUCGUGCGUUAGCCUGCGGGGCUGUGACCCGGAGACGGCGCUGGCACGGUCCGCAGUCUCCGCCGCGCCCUGGGGCCCAUCCACGCACUGCGACGGUGCCUUAGCGGGAUGAGCCACCCAGCAACCCAGGGUCUCCGUAUUACACAAUGCAAAGUUGCUGUCGUUUUUUUCUACGAGUCAAGCGCACGUUCUCCCCGUUUUCAGUAACGAGUGCAUCACGCUGUUGUGACAUUGACAACAUGCCAUAAAUCCAUCUUUUUGGACUGAUAGUAAAAACUAAAAGAAUUUAAAUAAGGAAUUCAUUGAUCUGUAAUGUGAGCUGAUGAGUUUAACCACUUUGGGGUAUGCAUUACCAAAUACAAGGGCCUACCUAUGACACAAAGUAAGUAUGAAAUGUACUUACUUUUUCAAGUAGCUUGCAGUUUAUUUUAACCUGGUUUGGUCAGGCAAUUUUUUCUCUGUCAUAAUAAAUGAAUAUUUUUAUGAGCAAGUAUAGAACCAGUUUUUCAGUCCAGAAUCAGGAGACAUACACGCGUAUAGAUUUGUUUGCGUGUAUAUGUGUUCAUACACGCUUUUGCACUUGUGCCAGUGUAAGGUUUUGUGAUACCAUGUGCAGUAUCUCGAGCGAGCGUUUCCUGGUUACACUCACCAGGGUCUGCUCCACUCCUCUGUAGUACCUGAGGUGUUGAUGACAAACACCUCUUAUACAGAGACUGAGAAAAUAGAUUCCGUGUGAAACAUACAUUUCAGCACGCAGUAACUGACUGGCCCGUUUCAUGGAAUACACUAACUCCCCAAAUAUAUGUUUAUGAAGUAUGUGUUGAGCUGCAGGAAGACUUUUUAAUCUUUCUUUGCCUUGUUUUCUUGUUACUGCUCUUAACGUCUCACGGAGUAGGAGUGGUUCUGUAGUUAUGUCAGCUUCUAGAACAGCUCUCAUGUCUGUAGGUAUGUUUCUAGAACAGCCCAUGUCUGUAGGUAUGUUUUUAGAACAGCUCACGUCUGUAGGUAUGUUUCUAGAACAGCUCUGAUGUUUGUAGGUAUGUUUCUAGAACAGCUCUGAUGUUUGUAGGUAUGUUUCUAGAGCAGCUCAUGUCUGUAGGAAUGUUUCUAGAACAGCCGUCAUGUCUGUAGGUGUAUUCAUUUGCUGCCUUUCUAUGCAGUUUGCCUUCAGCUCUUCACAGAACAUCUCCCGUUUCAUCUGAAGGUCCUUACUGUAGAAAGAAAGAUGCAUUAACAGUAGUCUCAUGGUUCUCCUAGACUUAAGCAAUACUGAAGUUCAAUCCCAGGAUAUCCUCCUUUGUCUUUACUGUUCGGUGUACAAGUGUAUGACGUCACUAAGUGCCCAGUAUUAAAUCGGGAAAAAGGAAACCAAUCACAAAUGAAGAAAUGCUUGAUUAGCAUUAGAUGGGGGGUUUAAUUUUUUGAAAACGGUGACAUGUUUUAUUUUGCACAUUUGAAGCUGCUGGUGUGCAGUCUGCCUUCUCAUUCCUGGGGGAAACGUUCACGAGUCAGACUGAUCAAACGCAAGCUGACACAUAUGCUCGUCCCACAUUUCUGUAGGUGCUGGAGUUGUAUGAGAGUUGAAAUGUAAAAAGAGGAAUAGCCCACGCACUACUCCGAUCUGCUCUGCGUCUAAGACUAGUGUGCAGGGCUUUACCUCUGCGUGCACACCUCCUGCUCUCCAUAACGGAUGUGGCUCCUCGAACCAUUUCACGCAGGAAUGUAGCUCGAUUGGAAAUUUUCCGUAAAAAAUAAUUUUUAAAAGUGAUCGGUACACUUCUGUUUGCUCAUUCUCUGAAAGUGUUUACAAAUUUGUUAUCAGUGUUUGACUUUUGUUUAAUGUUUUUUUUUUAAUGAAGUUAUUUAUUUUAUUUUUUUUCCCAUGUAUUAAUGUUAUUUUGUUACUUUAUGUAUUUGCAUUUUGUUAAUUGCAUCUACUUUCAAUAAAACAGAACAUGGAUUCUGGA